CGGGCGGGGCGACUGGGGGGAGCGUUUAGCCCAGAGGACCUGCCCUAACCAAGGUGAGAGGUAAAGCACGGAGCCACGGGUCGCAACUCGGUGGAAAGAGGGCUUUGGAUUUUCCAGCCCCUCACCUCCUGCUCUCCCAUGAAGCUGUAAAAUAACGUUGUAAAACAAACAAACAAACAAAAUAUAAAGCUUUAUACUGUAGUUUCCUCCUGUGCUCACAAUUUUUCAAACGGGGACUGACAAGGUUAGAGUUUCUGCAUUGUUAAUCCAGAUUGGAAUGGAAACAAAGUCUUUGAGCAUUAAAAAGUUAUAUUCACCCAAAAGAUUUCAGCUAAGUUCCUUAUGUCUUCCCCUGAAAUUGCUUCCCUUUCAUGGGGGCAAAUGAAAGUACAAGGCUCUACUAAAACCUACAAGGAUUGCAAAGUGUGGCCAGGGGGAAGUCGCGCUUGGGAUUGGAGAGAAACAGGAACUGAGCAUUCUCCUGGUGUGCAGCCUGCAGAUGUGGAGGAAGUUGUCAAGAAGGGUGUGCAGACUCUUGUGAUUGGCCGAGGGAUGAGUGAGGCCUUGAAGGUGCCCCCAUCAACUCUGGAAUACCUUGAGAAACAAGGCAUUGAUGUGCGGGUCCUCCAGACAGAGCAAGCAGUGAAGGAGUAUAAUGCCUUGGUUGCUCAAGGUUGCACAGCCCUCACUGCCCAGUUAUUCUUGCUUGAGUGGUUCUGAAGACAAAAAGACACGAAGUCUGCUAAGUGCUAGACAGCUGUUGCCAAUCCCGGACCAGAACCCAGCCUCAGUUCACUGCAUUUUCAAGAGCUAAACCCUGGUAAAGUCGGAGGACACAACUCCACCUGGUUGUUAUGCCUUCCCUUAUCAGCAUAUAAGAAUGGCAAUUCAAACAAGUGCCCUCAGAAGAAGGAAGAGAGGUAAGAAAACAAGAGGGAUACUGGAAGUAAGAGACAAAAGAUCAUCUGGGACAAAUCAUGCAACCUACUCAUAUUCUGGAAGACUAUUUCUCUUAUGAGAUAUAUAUUCUAACUCUCAUCUUACAGAAAAGAAAAUGAGACAAAGAAGUAAAAUAACUUUUUCAGGAUCACAAAGCAAGGGAGGCAGAAUUUGGACCCCAGUCUAUGUGACUCAAAGCUUCUGACCUAUCAGCAUCCUGCCUCCCAAAGAAGAGGCCACUGGUAGGGAGCUGGAUUAGAAGAAAGAAGGCAUAGGUGCAUUCAGAAUGCGAACAUGUUUCCCAGGUCAGAAGAAGCAUGGUAUAGUGAACAAAUAAAGGAUUUGGGAAUUAGGAAAUCUGAGUGCCGGCUUCAGCAUCACCGUGGACCAGCUAAGUGGGCCUCCAUUUAUGCAUCGAUAAAAUGAAGAACAAAAUCCUAAUUCCCACCAGAAGGUUGGUCUAAGGAUUAAAUGAAUUUUAAUUGCACAUUUAAAA